AUGGUAUUGGUCAAACUCGUUUCCUCGGCUACAAGCGCCAUCAACGCUCAUGGCGGACUUCACUGGUCAUUCCUGUCAUGUGACAAGCUUCUCCUCUCAUUCGACAUCUUAAUUAGCGCUACGAGUAUCGUCCUGGGUGGCUCAGGCCACUGUCCUAGACUUGAACCCGUGACAGUAGCAGAGAAUUCUAUGGGCUACAGUGCAGCGAAUGCGCAAGUGAACACGCACGUGUGUGAGGAAGCGCAGUUUGCUUAA